GCGGUGGAAAUCAAUGAAACAAAAAUUGAUGGAGCCUUGGAGUGUUUGCACGGAGGCGAUCCGCCGGCUGAGCUGCCCGGGCCUAUCAGGAGCCUGAGCGUGGGAGGAGUUAUAUUUGUAUGGAUCACUCCAACAAACCAUUGGUUAUGGGGGCGUUCCUGCCCGGUGGCGUGGGUCACACGGCUUGAAGCUCGGCGUAGUUCAGCCAAGUUUUGCUGUGAAUAAUUUACCCAGCCAAAGCCCAUUGUUGAAUCCUCAUAAGAAGGUACGCAGCUGGAGGGGUCUGCAAAUCCACAGCUCGUCUGGACGGGAAGACUGUCCUCAUCACUGGGGCCAACACAGGGAUUGGGAAGGAGACCGCCCUGGACCUGGCAAUUCGAGGUGCUCGGGUGAUUAUGGCGUGCCGAGAUGUUGAAAAGGGCGAGGAGGCCGCUGCCAGCAUACGAGCCACAUAUUCGGAGGCCAAAGUGGAAGUGCGAGAGCUCGAUCUGGCAGACACCUGCUCUAUAAGAGCAUUCGCACAGAAAUUCCUGAGAGAGGUCAACCAUCUCCAUAUACUUAUCAACAACGCCGGAGUGAUGAUGUGCCCCUACACGAAAACCAUCGAUGGCUUUGAGAUGCAUAUUGGAGUCAAUCAUUUAGGUCACUUCCUGUUGACGUACCUCCUGAUCGGACUGCUUAAGCGCAGCGCACCAGCCCGCAUUGUGGUGGUCUCGUCGCUGGCACACAACUUUGGCUGGAUCCGUUUCCACGACCUUCACAGCCAAGGCAGCUACAACAGCGGAUUAGCAUACUGCCAGAGCAAACUGGCAAAUGUGCUGUUUGCCAGAGAACUGGCCCGCAGGCUAAAAGGUACCAAUGUGACGGUGAACUCGGUGCACCCGGGCACGGUGAACUCAGACCUGACCAGACACUCGACCCUCAUGAUGAUACUGUUCACCGUCUUCUCCGUGUUCCUGAAAACUCCGCAGGAGGGAGCACAGACCAGCAUAUACUGUGCUGUGGCCGAGGAGCUGCACUCAGUCUCUGGGAAACACUUUAGUGACUGCGCCCCCGCCUUCGUGGCUCCCCAGGGGAGAAGCGAGGGGACGGCCAGCAAACUGUGGGACGUCAGCUGUGAACUUCUUGGCAUCGACUGGGACUGAGUCCCCUUUGUUACGCUCACAUUUCUCAGGCUUCCUUGGAGUCCCUCACACUUCUGUUCUUGUUCAUUAGUUUCCUUUUUGGGGUUUGGGGGGGGGGUUCUGGUGCAAUCUAUAUGAAGUGAAAUAAUGUGAAGGUUUUUUUUUUUUUUUUUUCGUGUAAUAAGAUACAAUAACUUUGGUACUUCGGUGCUCUGCUAGGGCUCGUUAAGCUAGAACCAGUCACCUGUAUCAGCAGUUCAGAUUUUAGGGCUCUAUUUUCAUAACACAAUGUGAAUACAGCAUGUGGCAAAAAUUUGAAAACACACUUGAUCUUUUUGUAAUGCCGUGGCAUACAAUUAGGUGACAAUGCAGGGUAAAAGACCAGCAUCUCUUUCGUUUAGAGUUCAUGUUGUUCAUUUCUUCAGAAUUUACAGUUCAACUCUUGUGCCAGCUUUCUUUAAAAAAAAAAAAAAAACUAAAAACGCAGGGAUUAUAUUCUACCAUUUAUUAGAGUGAGCCAUAUUUAAGAAGCGAAUUGCAUACAUGCAUUAUGUUCCGUUCUUGUAUUUUCAGAGGUAGAGUCAUGCCGCUGCAGCAUUCUUGUUCUCUUCUUAAAUCGUCCCUUUUGGCACAUUUCUGCAGGAGGCAUCGGUUCAGGUUUCGAACAAUUCUCUCUCCUCGCAUUUUCAUUCGCAGCAUUCACGUGCAUAGUUGCCAAGAGUUUACAUUCUGUGUUUUCUACAAGUCAAACAUGCCUUUUACUAAAACGACAUUCAUAGUAAGAGUUGAAUGUUUACAUUUUAUGUAAAUAAACAGAAACAUUACAAUGAA